AUGCGUGUCUGUUAGACUGAUCUCUGGAAUCUACCAUCUACGUGACGAAAUGUCUUCGAUUUUUCAUCUCCCUCGAAGAAAGAACAUUCUCCUCUCGGUAGAGGCGUCUGAACGUUAUCACCACUAGCUUAACGUGUGAUUCUAAACUCAUCUUAUUGUUAGUGACAAUUCUCGGCGAUAUAUUAUCUUGAGGAUUAUUUUUAUCCCGACGAUCAUUGUUGUCUCUAGCGUUACGCAAAAAGCUUAAAGAAAAUUUAAUACGCCAGCCACUUUUCAAAUUAUGCAAAUCUCUGGGUAUUUUACCUGCGCGAUCAUACAAGUUGUUUCGUAAGAAUCGCGCGACGGUUUUGUGCAUUUUUUAUGGGAUACAUAACUGCGCGUGGUGAAAAUUUUCAAAAAGCAACCGUGCGAAUUUUAUCAUAGUCUAAUCGAUUAAUUCCCUCAUAGUGCGACAUUAGUGCGACUGCUUAGUUCGGCGUGUAAUGGAAGCUUGAAAACGGUCAUUUUCUGCACCGUGAAGUAGUGUCGUUAUCAUCGUCACCUUUCACCUUUGUUAUCAGCCCAAGUUGAGGCGGGGCGGGGGGUAACCUCACAAUGUUUCGGUCGUAGUCAGCAAGCACCGAUGGCAAGUAGUGCGGGAGCCUGCAGUUUCUACAGCUCGAAGAAAACGACCCGAAAACGGAAAUACUUUUGGACGAAAAAGCGGAAGAUAUUGUGUCCUCGACGCCAGGUCUCUCAUGUGUCGUGAACAGCGGCUCCGCGAGGAACCUGUCUCCGAUCCGGUUCGGGGCUGGGGGGGCUCACUGACAACUUUACUAAUACAUUCAACAGUCCAUAUUAAUUUUAAUUAAUUAGUGCUUAACAUGUUUUGAGACUGCUCCGGUUUUGUUUUCGAAGUACCGUUUUAGGUGCGCGCGACAGUGCGGUGAUAUUCGUGAUCUCUUCGAUAAUUUGUUUAUAAAAAAAAUCGUCUUUCGAUAGCCUACCAGUAAACACGUCGCUCACUCACCGAUUAGUAUACAAUUCUGUUUUAAAAAUUAUAAUUUGUUGUGGGUAUGCCCGGAAAAUUGAUGUGUGCAGGGUAGUGGCGCCCUCUUGCGGUCGUGUCCGUGGAUUUGGAUGUGUUCCUUCGACCCGCGCUCUCGAGUCAACGUUGGUGACGACGCGGAAGCGCUCAACGGAGCCGUCAGCAAGUCACGCAACAAGUUGGUAGAAUGCGCCGCAAAGGUGAAGCGCGCGCUCACCGGUGAGUCACCGAGGGCGAUCGGCGCCAAAGCGAAAAACUCGCCGCCCCCGGAGGAGAUCCUCGCCCGGGGCCCGGCGACAACGGAAACCGGUGGAUCGUCAACGGAACUGUCAACAAAGAACACCUUGCGCCGCGGAAACUCGAGCGGGGAGCCGGAAUCGUUAUUGUAUUUGUUCAAACAAAAUUCCGACCGACUAUCCGAGUGUCGCAACCGGGCGACGCAUGUGUCCGCGGAGUGGUUCGCCGCGCGAGACAGUUCGCAGUCGGAAAACGAGUGCGACUCGUCGGAAAAACGCUCUUCCAACGAAAGUUCAACGGGGAAUCUCGACGGAUGCACCUCGCAGCAUUCCACCCGCGUUCAACCUCCAACCGGUGUUAAGUGCGACCACGGCGGAUUUCAAAGUGACACCAGUACUUAUAUUUAUGAUAGUGCGGAUUCUAGAAAUAUUGUUGAGUUGGGAAACUGUGCUAAAGAUAAUACCGUUAAUAACUUGCAUUCCCCACCUUUCGAUUCUAGAAAAGAGUGCGUUGGCAAUAGCGCGGAACCGCGGGAUCUCAAGGAAUCGGACCGCGCUUUCUUCGGAAGAUUUUCCGACUUGUACUCCAUCGGCUUGUCCGAGAGUCGCCUUUGCAAGGGUGAUCCAGGAAGUCAAGGCCGCGGCGCUCACGAGGCGGAUCGCCCGAUAACACGGUUGACGCAUUCGGAGCGACUCAGCGAAAAGACCAGCGCUCGCGACGCGCGCGAAACAAAGGUCGCGGCGAAAACCGCUGAGCCCGGCGCGAAUUUCAAACGGCCGCCGAAACUCAGCGAUAAGGCCAUCAGUCAUCUGCUAGCCUUCCAACCAGGCAGGAACCCUUCGAUCCACGGCGUCGCGCCCAGCCACGCGGGUUACUCGAGGUUCGGGGCUGCGGUUCCAAGUGCGAAACUUUCAAGGUCGCGCGGUGCUCAAGGCCACCCUGUAGGAGGCGCUCGAGGUCACGCGAGAGGGAGCGUUCAAGGUCACGCGAGGGGUAAAAUUCCGACCGCGUUGGGUCCACGUAAGAUGAAACUGCGGGAGCGGUUGGUGAUCGGGCUGAGUAUCUCCGCGGUGCUCUUCACCCUGGUGCUAGUGAUCGAUCUCCAGCUGGACAUCGGCAUGAGCGGUCACCAUCUCCAGUCCCUGCCGGCCCAUGCCCGGCUCAAGUACGGCGACCAGGGCGUGGACUCGGUGAGGAGCAUCUACAACUCCUUCGGGCGGAAGUUCCUCCAGCGGAACUCGGGGGGUGACGCGUCAGUGCAGAAUAAUUCGGGGGGAGGGCAGCUGGAUAAAGUGAGGAGCAGCACGCGGACUUACUUCGUGACGAACAAAGUGCACGAUAGGUUCCGGGACCUGGAGGAGUACAUGUUCAACAACCCCAACGACGGAACCCGCGGGGAUUCGGCCGGCAUCGAGCCGAUCGUCGUCAAAACGACUGAAGAAGACGAUGCCAAGGACGAUCAUGCCACCAUCGGCCAACUACUCAACCAGAAUCUCAGGCCGAACGCGACGGUGCUCGAGCAAUUUCAACUAAGUAUAUCUAGGAUGGAAAUGUACAAAGAGGACGAUCCCUUAGUCGAGAGGCUCCUUGACAAUAUGGCCAAAAACAAAAUCGUCCACGUCAGUCAGAAAGACGGGGGAACUCAAAUUAAGCUUAUCAUAGACUAUGAGAAUUCCGAACAAGCCUUAUUCAAGCCUCAAAGGUGAGUUGUACACCCAAUUUUCUC